AUGAAUGCUGCGGGAGGUGGCCACUCGGACGUGGUCAAGUGGCUAUUGACAGAGGUUGGAGAGGGUCGGAGCGGUACCAAGGCGAUGAAUUACACCAUGUCUGCUGCAGUGGCAAACGGCGAUGUAGAGCUGGUGAGAUGGUUACAAGACGAGAAGGGAAUCCCGCUCCCUAGAUGUGGUGCGUUCUACGAAGCGGCCGCGAAAGGCUGUUUGGCAAUGCUCCAGUCGUAUUUCACUCAAGCCGCAAAUGGCACUGGAGUUCUCUUAAGAGCGGCUGAGAGUGGGCAUCUUGAUAUCGUCCGAUGGGUUAUCAACCGUGAGAUCGAGGGUGGAGUUUGUCCUAAGACGAAUGGAGAAGGUGCCAAUAAAAACGCCUUAACUUCCCUCGGUGGCGAGGCCAGCCUCUCUAUCCACGUUGCCGCUGUCAAUGGACACGUGGAGGUGGCCAAGUAUCUAUUGGAGCAUGUUGACUGCUGUCCGAGAGAUUGA